AUGGCCUCUCCAAAAAAUUCUGUGUCAAAGUCUUCCAAGAGUGAUAAGCUAUCCAAUAAAGCUUCUUCAAAGCAAAAAAAACUGGUUCAGAAAGUAAAGGAACAACCGAAACAAGUCUUUAGUGUUGAAGAGAUCAAAACCAUUUAUCAGCAGGUAAAGACCUCGACAAAGAAUCUCAAUGAUAUAGUGAAGUUACUUGACCAAUUAACUGAAUUGUCCAAAUCACAUAACGAGAUCCUAGCACAUGAAGAAGAAGCUCGGCUUUUGAUUAUUUCAUUACUUAAGGUAUUUGAACAUUUCAUAAAGCUGAAGACCUUGAGGUACUCCAUCAAGAAAGAAACCAAUGAUAACAAGGUUGUGCUCAACAAGUGGUUGAAAUCUAAAUAUGAUUUGUUCAAAAAAACACUAUUGAGCCUUAUCAGUGAAUUUGUUUCAGAUAAUGACAUUCUUAUUGAUGCAUUGGAAGGGUACUUCCAAUUAAUGAAGCUUGAAGCUACCACUUGGGCUCCAAAAAAUGAGGCACAUUUCCCUGGUCAGAUGUACGAAACUCUUGUGAAGACAUUGAUAUUCGAUAGCAAAAAUGGGAAAAUUUUGGAAGAUGGGACCACCGACAGUAUUUUAAUAGAAUUCUUCACCAGUAAUUAUUUGAAUAAGUGCAAAGAUUUGAAAUUCUACUUUUUGAGUCUGAUGAUCAAUCUUUUAGAACAAGAGAAACAAAAAUUAGGCGGAAAAAGUUUUAAAACUGUAUAUUCCAAGUGGUUAACUAUUAUGCAAGAAGAUUAUUUCCAUUCAAUUUUCUAUGGAACCAAUGAUGAUAAUAAAAAAGAUGCUAAGAUUGAUACAAAAUCUAAAAAUAAUAAAGAUGAUGAAGAUGAAGAUGACUUUGGAUUUUCUGAUGACGACGACGAUUCAGUUGUUGAUGCUUCAGAUGACGAGGAAUUGGAAUUGACUGAUACUUUUGUACCAAAGCCACCACAAGCUAUUCAAAAGUUUGCCACCUAUAAGUCGCUUUUCACCAAAAAUUGGUUGAGCAUUCUUUCGAUUCCAGGGAUUGAAUCUGCUCAAUUGAAAACCACUUUAAAUAUUCUUCACAAGAGAAUUAUUCCAUACAUGAUUAAGCCUGAACAGUUAAUGGACUUUUUGACUUAUUGCUAUGAUAACGGCGAGUCAAUUAUUAUAGAGAUUUUGGCGAUCAAUGGGCUUUUCCAAUUAAUGCAAAAGAGGAAUCUCGAGUACCCACAAUUUUACGAAAAAUUGUAUGAUUUCUUCAAGAAACCAGAGAUUCUUUCCAAUAAGUAUAGAUCGAGAUUCUUUAGAUUGGUGGAUUUAUUUUUAUCAUCUACACACUUACCUGCAUCGAUUGUUGCUUCAUUCAUCAAAAGAAUGGCGAGACUCGCAAUCUUCAAUAACCCUGGUGGGAUUGUUAUUGUCAUGCCAUUCAUUUACAAUCUUUUGAAAAAACACCCAAGUUGUAUGAUUUUGAUUCAUAAUCCUUUGCUUAGUGACGAGGAAUUGGAAAAUUAUGAAGAUCCUUUCAAUAACGAUGAAACCGAUCCACUUUUAACUAAUGCGAUUGAGUCGUCGCUAUGGGAAUUGGAAACGUUAGCUAGCCACUACCAUCCGAACGUGGCUACUUUGGCUAAAAUCUUCUCUAAUCCUUUUACCAAAACUAGCUACAACAUUGAAGAUUUCUUAGAUUGGAAUUACAAGGGUUUACUCGAGAGUGAGCGGACCAGACGUAUCAAAGGAGACCAUAUGAUGGCUAUUGAGUUUGAAGAAUGGGACAGUGCUUUUAAGGGCAAAGAGGAGAACGAAGAAAGUAGAUGCUAUAUAGAUAGCUGGAGAUUGUGA